AUGGCCCACAACCAAACCAUUCCCCUUCGUCUCCUGUCCAACUUCUCCCUUCCCCAAAUCAUCCCUCCAUCCCUCACAAACCCCUCCUCGUCCCUCUCUCCGUUCUCCUCCUCUACACCCCCUUCCCUGUUCCUGUCCGCCUCCAUCCACAUCCUGAACACCACCAACCCGUCUGUUUCCGGGGAGAACCAAAGCAUUGUGGGUAAUACCACCUCCACGACAGUAGGGGCUCUCAUCCUGUGUCUGGUCUUGCUGCUGGGCCUCCCUGGCAACCUCUUCAUCAUCUGGAGUAUCCUGGCGCGUGCCCGUCGCCGCUCCGUCACCACCCUCCUCAUUCUCAAUCUAGCGGUGGCCGACGGCUCGCUCAUGGCGCUCACGCCCUUCUUCGUGAUCUACCUGGUCAAGAAGACCUGGGUUUUUGGCAACAUCAUGUGCAAGAUACUCUUCUACCUGUGCCUCGCCAACAUGUACGCCUCCAUCCAACUGAUCAUGCUGAUGAGCCUGCACAGGCUGGUGGCCGUGGUGUGGCCUCGGCGCGUCGCUGCCCUCGCUGGACGGAAGGCGGUGCAGCGUGGGGUGCUGGUACUGUGGACCCUGGUGCUGGUCGCAUCCAUCCCUGCGUUGCUGUUCAGGGACGAGCGGAAGACAGAGCACCCCAACGGGAAGAGACGCGUAGUGUGUGAGUCGUUCCACAAGCAGCGAAGUCAUGUGGUGCUCCAGUACACGUUGGAGACAGUGCUGGGAUUUGUAGUUCCUUACGGAGUGAUUGUAGGCAGCUACAUCUGCAUCCUGCGGAGGAUCAGGCAGACCAGAUUCAGGAGGAGGAUCCGCAGUGAGAAGCUCAUCCUGGCCAUCGUGGUCACCUUUGGUGUCUUCUGGUUGCCCUACCAUGUCAUCAACAUUGUGCAGGUUGCUGCAGCACUUUCUCCAAAUGAUUCAGCUCUAAAAGCAAGGCUUGACACUAUUUGGCAGACCAGCCGUGCGGUCACCUCAGCCCUGGCCUUCAUCAGCAGCUGUGCCAACCCUGUCCUCUACACUUUCGUUGGCAUGUCGUACAUCCGGCGGGAUGGCUUUGCCUUCAUGGCCCGCCUGUUCGAGGGCACGGCGCAGGACUCUGGGACCAGGAAGAGCCGACAGAACAGCCAGAAUAGCCGAGAGAGAGACAGGGAUGCAGAGGAGGUCGGACUGAAGGAAAAGGAGGGAGAUCUAGAGUCGACAACCAGCACCAAUGUCACGAGUCCCAUCAAAGUGAAACCUGGGAAGAAUGGCAAACAGGGCCCGAUUCCGACUUAGGAAAGGAUGUCUUUCUCAUGCUCACAUUUCCUACACAUUUCUCAGUAGUUGGCAUUCAGACUUACCUUAUAAAGGUGUGUAACG